AUGGAGCCGGGGGCCUUCCAGCGCCUCCCAAUCGUUGCCUCCGCCAAGGAGCUGGUCAGGACCUCUGUCAGGCGUGCUUCACGGGUUGGCAACAAUAACAAGCUCAAGAACGAGGCUGCCAAGGCCCGAAACAGGGCCUCACGUGCCAUGGACACACUGAUGAAGGAGAUGUGUGGGCCACUGGGCCAGUACAGGAGCGGCUUCCCCUCCAGGGAGCGUCUGCAUCCCUUUGAUGCUGCGCUGCUUGACCUGACGGUGGGGGCCGAGCGGUAUCGCAGGACGCUCGCUCAGCUGGAAGCCUUCAAGAAGACAGCUGUGCAGGUGACCAAGAUGUACGCCAACCGGGCGGUGAAAGCCUCCAACAUGCGCGAGGCGAUCGAGAUCCGCGAAGAAGCCCUUGCACAAGUGGAGCUGGCCCUCACGACAGGCGAGGAAGUGGAGCUGGCAUGGGUGUUUAGGGUGACCUGA